CAUAGCACGAAGGCUCGCUGCGUACACUCAUCUGGGAAGCUACGCGGCCAGGAGGCUGGCCCUUUCUCUAGCUACUCGAAUACCACGUGGUUUCCUCGCUGCAAACAAAAAAAUAGUGAAUUCGAGUCGGUUUAGAGGCGGUGCCAUCGCCAGGCAGAAGGAUCUGUGACAGUGCAGAGUACAACUCGAGGUUGAGGGGCAGAGAGAGGAAAACAUUUCUCCCGAUCCCGCCAUACUUCUACCACUAUUCCACCAUAACCACCAUCAAAUUAAUUCAAAUUGAUCCAUUCUACAUUGUGCGAUUCAUUCGCUUGGGUUGCUGCAGUCAAGGUUUCUCCACUUCAGUAUUGGACUUAAUCAGACUACAACACUACCAUUACUUUCAACUUUUUUUCCUUUUUCUUUUAGUUUUACUUUGAAAAUAAAUGUAUUUCGUUUUCUUUUACUGCUUGUGGACAUUUGCAAGUGUUUUCAACCUGUGAUCAUCCUGGGUAGUUCUAUCUUGUUGCGUUCUCAAAGAAAAAAAAGUUUUGUUGCUCAGAUUUUUUCAUUUAAAUUGGAGGACCUCUAUUUUUCAACAUGAACAAGCUAUACAUUGGAAAUCUCAAUGAAAACGUGACUGCGGAGGACUUGGUUAAAACCUUUGACGACAACAAGAUUCCAUACUCUGGGCAGUUUCUUAUGAAAACUGGCUACGCGUUUGUUGAUUGUCCGGACGACCAAUGGGCUAUGAAAGCCAUUGAAGCAUUUUCUGGUAAAGUGGAGCUCCAUGGGAAACAUAUUGAGGUCGAACACUCUGUCCCUAAGAAGCAAAGGUGGGCGGUGCAGCUACUCGGAGAACCGCCUCUUCCACGAUGCUGUAGUACUCUCGAGUAGUUUACAGACUUUAUGAAUGAAGGCAGGUUUUCCUCCUAACAGCAGCGCAAGGCUGUAGAGCGAGCGCUAGCAGCUGAGCGAUGGGGGGAGGUGUGUAGCCACGGUACCGACAGACCGAGAGAGGAGCAAGAGUGUUUGCAUCCUCAAUAGAAUGUAAUGGACAGUCCUUGCUUUCGAAUGAAAUAUAGCCAGACGUGCAUUCAUAAUAUGUAGAUUUACAAUGUUGUGCAUGUCUUCGACUAUGGUUGCAUAGCCUAUAAAACUACAAUGGCAGCACUACAGUGGCAGCUGUUUUUUUUUUUUUGUGUAAGUUAUUAAUAAUAUAUUAUCUUUAUAAGCGUUUGUUUUACCCAUACAGGAACCAGGCCAGGAAUUCUCAACAUGACACUCAUCCAUAUCAAUUUAUUCAAUAGGUGACGCCCAGAUGAAUUGUGCUGUCACUGAUGUUUCUAAAUGUUCUGGUAUAUUCUGCGCUGCCACAUGUGACUGUAUUUCAUUGUGGUAAUUGGGCGUUGUCAAAUAAAAAUGGCUGCCAACUUGCUGGCUCAUAUGGUUCAGACUUA